AUGGAGGCGGACAAGAAAACAGCGAUUAGUAAGCUACUCAAUCCUCAAGUCGCUGUCCAGCCUCAAGUUUUAAAUUCAACUGGUCGUCACUACGAUACCUCAUAUUAUCAGGAUCAUAAUACUCUCUGGAGCCAGCAGCCGGUUCACCAUCAAACUUAUGCUCAGACCUCUCACUCGUUUCCCGAAUCACUUCCAUCUACAUCUACGACAUUGACCCCGACGACAAUGAGCACAACCUUCACGAAUACUAAUCAUAUGCAUCAAGUGCCAGAGAGGGUUUCGGUCCGACUCGUUGCAAAAACCACUGCAACUCCGUACGAGCAACAGCAAUGGGCAGCGUCCUCGAGUAGUGACGACGUCCGCGAUCCGUACCCGUCCGAGCACAUUCAACCAAGUCCACCCAGAGAACGCGGAACACAGAAACGAAAGCGUAGCACGCCACAGAAUGAAGAGUCUGAGGGUGGUGAGCCUGUAUCCGAACAGAAUACAGCAAAGAAGUCGAGAAAAGUCACAAGUGCUAGUAAUGUCAAUCGACCGACUAGUUCAUCCUUCACGAGCUCGAAGCGUGGAUUUAAUGCAAAGAAACGAAAUGAAGUCGCACAAAUGGCUGCCUCAGCUUCAAUGAGCUUCUCUCCCGUCUCAUGCACUCUCAGUAGUCAAGGCGAAAGCUCAAUCAAUGAAAAUACCAUCCCUUCAUCCACUCUAGUCGCCCCAUUAACCCCCGAUGUCCAAAAUGCUCGAUGCAUGUCUAGCAAGUACAGGGAUUACGCGUAUUCGCGAUGCGUUUCCUGCACACGUCGCUGGGCUGGUGAUACAUGUCGGUUUCAAGGGGUUCGUCUCUUUAUGAAAGACGUCAAUGGCGCCACUGUCGGUAUUGGCUUCACACAACACCAGAGAGAGGAAGCGCCUAUGAUGCAUUUCCUGGACGAAUGGAAUGACAAUUUUGGGUGGGAAGAAAUACGGCGAACGAAGCUCGUGGCUGCGAAGACUCUCUUACCUGUUUUGAAACGUGAGAAAGAGCACAUCUUACCCGAAUCUGUUAUAUACCGCCCACGGGAAAGUGAAGUGCGAGCUACGUGUGAUACGUGCAUGACUUCCUUGUUCUGCUGCACAUGGAUGUGUCGACUUUGCGGACGCGAGGCAUGUAGUGAAUGCUACGCUGAGGUGAAGCAGUUGACAACAAACUCUUCAAAGUUAACCCCGGAGAAGAAACUCGAACAAAAGAAGGCGAAGGACAAACAGAUGCACAGCAAGCCUUUCUUCUUGAGUUGCACGAAAAGGAAAGAACACGACUGGUCAGUCUUUACACCUGUAUCAAGAUUCUGCAGGAAGGAACUGCAAGUCGCGAUUGAGGGGAUGGAGAAAGUUCUGGAACAGACAGACUUUAGUGAACAAGAAAAGGAACCACCAGAGGCCCAAUUACCGUCGCAAAGGCUGACCCCCACGCCAUUCCGAUAUCCUCCUGUUCCACCACCCCAAUCUUUUCCGCCUCAAACGGUUGUCUUUCCGAAGAACCCGAUUACAUCUAUGCCCGAUCAAACUCCUUCACACCCCAUUUCUCGUUUCGCUAAACGGGAGCUCUCUUUCCCGAUCUUCCAAGAGUAUUGGCGAAAAGGAUCACCGCUCCUGGUCGAAGGCCUUCUGUCUGAUCUUCGGAUCAGCUGGACGCCAGACUACUUCAUAGAGAAAUAUGGAAAUCAGGCAUGCCUUGUGGUUGAGUGUCAAACGGAGGAGAACAAACGCGUCACUGUUGGGGAGUUUUUCAGGACGUUCAGGACAUCAGACUCGAAAGGGAGUGCUAGGGAGACAAGUGAAAGCCUUGGGGCCGGUACGUGGAAGUUGAAGGAUUGGCCGCCGUCGACGGAUUUCAAGGCAGCGUUUCCGGAGUUGUAUGAGGAUUUCAGUCACGCUGUCCCGAUCCCGCAAUACGUUCGGAGGGACGGAGUCCUGAACAUUGCAAGCCAUUUCCCUCUAAAUACCGUCGCGCCUGAUUUGGGCCCCAAGAUGUACAAUGCUAUGGCGGCGAACGAGGAACUUGGCUCGAAGGGAUCUACGAGACUUCAUAUGGACAUGGCCGAUGCGCUGAAUGUCAUGACAUACGCUUCACCCUACUCUCCCCCGCCCGGAUCUUCUUCUGGUUCCGCCGACAACACGACUUGCACCCCUUCUUCUCCUGCCCCAGUAGAACCGGGCUGCGCCGCUUGGGACCUCUUCCGGGCAGAAGACGCAAAUAAGCUUCGUAGUUUUCUAAAACGGAAGUUCCCUGGACAAUUGGCCCUUGACCCCAUCCAUAGCCAGCAGGUGUAUUUGGAUCGGAACCUGAGGCAACAGCUGUUUGAUGAGGAAGGGGUCAUGAGUUACAGGAUCUACCAACGACCGGGAGAGGCGGUUUUCAUCCCUGCGGGAGUGGCACAUCAGGUCUGCAACCUAUCUGAUUGCAUUAAAGUGGCAAUUGAUUUUGUCAGCCCGGAAAACGUAGAGAGGUGUGAGCAAUUGACGAAAGAAUUUAGAGAGCAGAACCACAGCAAAGCUUGGAAGGAGGAUGUGCUACAGUUGAGGAGUAUGAUGUGGUUUGCAUGGUUGUCGUGCUGUAGGCAAGAGGACAAGUUGAGGAAGAUGGAGGAAGGUCCCACUCAGGCUCCUAGUGUUCUGACGGAGUAUCAACCCUCGGCCCUAUGUGAUUCUUCAACUCGACGUUCUCAGUUUCUUGCAUGAUAUAAGUUCCCGGAGAUGGUUGUAUUAUUUU